AUGGCCGGACGCCUCUCGUCCAUGGCCCUCGCCACCGGGCGGCAACUGCUCGCGAAGGGCGCGCCGCGGGCCAGCCGCGCCGUGGGCCACCAGGGCACGACGCAGGUCCGCGCGCUGCUGAGCUGUACGGACGGCACGAAGUGGAGCGAGGCCGGCGACGAAGUGACGCUGCGCGUGCCGAUUCCCGACGGCCUCACGCGCGCGGGGGUGGAGUUCGAGCUGCACCCCACGAGGCUGUCGAUCAAGGGGGAGGGCGCGACGCUCGUCGAGGGCGCGUUCCCCGCGGGCCAGGAGGUGGAGCCGGGGGAGUCGUACUGGUCGAUCGAGGAGCUGAGCAGCGGCGCGCGCAUCCUGGAGGUGGCGCUGGUGAAGAAGAACGAGAUGAUGCCGUGGGGCGACAAGCUGCUGGAGAGCGACGCGGCGGACACGAGCGUCACGAAGCGCGUGUUCUUCGACGUGUCCAUCGCGGGGGAGCCCGCCGGCCGCAUCGAGUUCGGGCUGUACGGCAACCACGUGCCGCGCACGGUGGAGAACUUCCGCGCGCUGUGCACGGGCGAGAAGGGCGAGGGCGCGGCCGGGAAGAAGCUGCACUUCGCCGGCUCGAAGUUCCACCGCAUCAUCCCGCAGUUCAUGAUCCAGGGCGGCGACAUGACUGCGGGCGACGGGACGGGCGGGGAGUCGAUUUACGGGGAGAGUUUCGAGGACGAGAAGUUCGGGGUGGACCACGACCGACCAGGGCUGCUGUCGAUGGCCAACCGCGGGCCGAACACCAACGGGUCGCAGUUCUUCAUCACGACCGUGCCGACGCCGCACCUCAACGGCAAGCACGUGGUCUUCGGGGAGGUCACGGGGGGCAUGGACGUGGUGGACAAGGUCGAGAAGCUGGGCAGCGCGAGCGGGGCGCCGAGCGAGGAGGUCGUGAUCACGGCGUGCGGGGAGCUGUAG